AUGCGCCCAACGCAGGCCUCACAGCGGUCUGCCGCUCCGGCAAAUGUUGUUGCCGGCAGACAACAACAACAUCAACAACAAGAAGAGGAACAACCAUCUCAACAACAAUCUCAACAACUACAACGACAGCGAUUACAGCGACGGGGAUCUGCAGAUGGAAGAAUGAUUGGCACCCUAUUAUCCCCUCCAGGACGAGAUAUAGAUACGAUAUCUAUAAACAGGCAUGCCGGUGUGUCAUCAGUAGAGUUAACAACCCCACAGUUAUCAUAUGUGAGUGCUCGUGAGGAUAUGCAUAACCGUCCACGAUUAGUUGCCAAGACUCGACCUCUUAUUCUUGCGGCUCCUAUUCUUGAUCGUCCAAAGUGGCUGCAUACCUUUUUUGAUCCAUGUUUUUGUUUUCGUGAUAACUAUGUAGAGAUCCAUAGCAGGGAAACAAGUGAUGGAUCUGAACGAAUGGGACCACCUCAUAUGAGUGCUGUACAGUCUUCUUCUUCUUCUGAGGCAAACUGCACUUCACCGUUAGGACACUUUUUAUGGCGUUUCUUUUGUGUACGUUGUAGUAUAGCCGAGCAAACACAUCUUUUAUUUCGUGAAGAGGAGAAACGGGGACAUAUGCCGUAUCGAUUUUGUUGUGAAGACUUCUAUGGAAGUGAGGGAAAUAUGCCCCGUACCUUCUGGACAACGUGUUUGUGUGAUAUUGUGACUUUAGGCUGUCCGUUUGGUUGUUGUUAUCAUGGAUUGGGUACGGCCUUGUAUGGAUGUCGACUGCGGUAUCUUCUUCGCUGUCGUUAUCGACUGAAUGGGACUCUUGUUGGGGAUUUCUGUAGAGUGUUGUGUUGUCCGCUUUUUGCGGUGGAGCAGCAGGGAUUUGAGAUGCGGCAGAGUGGAUUGUAUGAGAGCCGUCAACUCGGUCGUAUUAUGCUGUGA